AUGAAUGAAAAAGAAUUAAGCCUAUUCGAGCUAUAUAUCAAAUCGUUAGAAAUCCAGAUUUCCAACAAAAAAUUCUUUAUCGAUCAAGCCAAUAAAGCUAUAUCUAACUUACCAAAGCAACCUUCAUCAAAUCCCAGCACAAGUAAAGAUAAAGGGAUAUUGGAUAAAAAAUUCAAGAAAAAUUUGGAAGAAUUACUGAGCAAGCCUAUAUUUUUACCUGAAAGAUCUGACCCAAUUGGUAUCUCCUUAGCAUCAAACUCUCUUAAUCAUAAAAUUAAAUCAUCAGCUUGUUUAAUCACCGACCUACAGAAUUCAAUAGAUUUAAAUUCUAACUUAAUCGAAUAUCAUACCUCAACCAAUAAACUAUUAAUCGAAAUAAUUGAAAUAAUUAAAAAUUAUGAUAUAAAAAAUAAGCCAAUAUUGUCUAGUAUCAAAUCCCAAUAUAAGCAUUUACAGGAUGAGCUUAAAGAAUAUAUCACAACUUUUCUUCUUACGGAACCUUACAAUAACGAUGAUAUAAUGACAAUUGUUAAGGUAAUAGAUAGGUUAAUUAGUUAUGAUAUGACCUUAACUGUUGAUGAUUUUAAGCCAUUUGCUAUGCAAGUUUUUAAAAUUUUAUUUGAAUAUAACUUUGUGAUUCUCGAAGAAAAAAAUUCUAGUGGCAAGAAAUAUGUCAAGUUACUAGACUUUAGUGAUAAUAUAUGA